AUGAUAUUAAUUCCAGGCUAUAAUCCAGGGUAAUUCACUUUAAAAGGAACAAACACCUACUUAAUGGGAACUGGAAAAGCAAGAAUCUUAAUAGACACAGGCGAAGGAAAGGAAGAAUACAAAAUGCAUUUAAAAUAAAUUGUUGAUAAUGAAUAAUGUGAAAUUACAAUUGUUCUUAUAACUCACCAUCAUCAUGAUCACAUCGGAGGAAUCUCAUAGGUGCUUGAAUUAUUUCCAAAUUCUCAAGUAUAUAAAAAUUUAGAUCACAAUUUGGAGAGUGAUAAGCUCUAUCCAUUUAAACCACUUUAGGAUGGAUAAAUUUUCUAAGUUGAAAAUUGCACAAUCACAGCCAUAUCGUUACCAGGACACUGUGUUGACCAUUUUGGUUUCAUGACCUCUAACUAAGAAUGGUUUUCAGGAGAUUGCCUUUUGGGAGGCUCUUCUUGUUACAUGGAAAAUGUGAAAUAGUAUUUGUAAAGUAUGGAAAAAAUAUAAAACAUGAAUAUAAAGGCUAUCUAUCCAGGUCAUGGAUACACUAUAAUUGAAGGAGCUUAAGAAGCAAUCUAGAAUCAAAUUCAACACCGAAAGAAUAGAGAAUAAUAGAUCUACUAAGUGAUUAAUGGAUAGUCAAUUGAGGAAAUCAAAAACAUUGUGUAUCCAGAUAGUAAUGAUGGUUACAUGCGGAAAGUUGUUAAGAUUACCCUCUAGGCUCACCUAAAUAAACUAAUUGAAGAUAAACUUGUCAUUUGUAAAGAUGAUCUAUUUUAUAAAUGCUGA